GGUAGCUUUGCAGGAAUUCUUCCCGCUGCGGGAGCCGAGGGGUAGCCUCGGGAGGGAGCCGGACGAGCCAGCCCGCCGCGUCGCCUUGAGCCAGGGCCUCUGUGUUCCAGGGAGUUUCCCUUCCCCUAAGUCCUUCUGCCUGGCCUUCAGCCACUGGACAAGUCGCAGGCCUGGUGAGUGCCCAGGUCGACCGGCCUCCCGCUCAAAGCAAGGGCGGAGCGACAUCCAAGGGCCCAUUUUCCCAACCCGGAGCAGCAGGGAGGGCGACUGCCCUGCGCCCACCCGGGAACCCCCGCCCAGCUCGUCCGGACUGGCCUGGACGCCCCGCAGCAGAGAGCAGGAACGCACUGGCCUCCAAGGGGAUCAAUAGCACUAACAGGUGGAGGAAGAGAGGAAAAGAGGAGAAGGCGACCUGUAGAUACCCAGAGGGGCCACCAAUGAGGGAACUGCCCGCCCCCCUGACCAUCCUUGGGGUCCAGGGUACUGGCAUAAAGUGCAGCCUUGCACUCUCCAAACAACCAGUUCUCUGAGGAGCACCAGCACCAAGGUGUGGGUGUCGGAGUAAUCACUGCUCUUCUACAAAGACAAAAAAACCUCACUGAAGGUGGCUGCACGACAAUGUCUUCCAUUAAAAUUGAGUGUGUCCUGCCUGAGCGCUGCCGGUGCGGUGAGUCUCCAGUAUGGGAGGAAGCGUCCAACUCUCUGCUCUUUGUAGACAUUCCUGCAAAACGAGUUUGCCGUUGGGAUUCACUCACCAAGCAAGUUCAGCGAGUGACCUUGGAUACCCCAGUCAGCUCGGUGGCCCUUCGCCAGUCAGGAGGCUAUGUUGCCACAGUUGGAACAAAGUUCUGUGCUUUGAACUGGGAAAAUCAAUCAGUAGUAGUCCUGGCUUCAGUGGAUCAAGAUAAGAAGAACAAUCGAUUUAAUGAUGGAAAAGUGGACCCUGCCGGGAGAUACUUUGCUGGCACCAUGGCGGAGGAAAGCGCCCCAGCAGUUCUUGAGCGGCACCAGGGGGCGCUCUACUCCCUCUUUCCUGACCACCAUGUGAAGAAGUACUUUGACCAGGUAGACAUCUCCAAUGGUUUGGAUUGGUCCCUGGAUCACAAAAUCUUCUAUUACAUCGAUAGCCUGUCCUACUCUGUGGAUGCCUUUGACUAUGACCUGCAAACAGGACAGAUCUCCAACCGCAGAAGUGUUUACAAGCUGGAGAAAGAUGAGCAAAUCCCAGAUGGAAUGUGUAUCGACACUGAGGGGAAGCUGUGGGUGGCCUGUUACAAUGGAGGAAGAGUGAUUCGUUUAGAUCCUGUGACAGGGAAAAGACUCCAAACUGUGAAGUUGCCUGUUGAUAAAACAACUUCCUGCUGCUUUGGAGGGAAGGAUUACUCUGAAAUGUAUGUGACCUGUGCCCGGGAUGGAAUAGACCCUCAGGGACUUUUGAAGCAACCUGAAGCUGGUGGGAUCUUCAAGAUAACUGGCCUGGGGGUCAAAGGAGUUGCCCCCUGUCCAUAUUCAGGCUGAGGGACAGGUCUUCUUUCCUGCUGCAGGAGGCUUUGAAGACAACUGGAGAUUUCAGGAGCUGAAAUUUCAAUCUACUUAUAAAAA